AUGAUUCGUUGGUUUAUUCUCUCUAGGGUUCGAAUUCGUAGUGCAACUACAAGAUUACAGCCGCGGAAUGUUUUUGGUAUCGGAGGAUCAGACGACACAUACCAAGUUGGAGACUAUUACGUAAAUGCAAUUGAAACGCAGCACGUUUUAGUUACCAAUGCUUAUGAUGAAAGUGAUCCUAAGGUGGUAGACACACUGAUAAGGAUAAAGAUUGCUUUUACACGAUUACCCUACUACUACAUGGUUUCAAUAGCACUGCCUAUAUUUUGUAUUGCCGCUGUGACUUAUGUGGUCGCAACGGUACAAGUUCCAAAGCUUUCGUUGAUCUGGCUUCUGCUCGCUGCCUUGGCACAAAUUCUCAUGUAUUGGCAAAUGGUCGACAAGCUGCCACCAGAUCACAAAAGGACGCCAAAAUGCGGUAAUGAAACUUGCAAUUGA